AUGAUUCAAGAAAUAAAUCUAAGUUAAGAUAAUUCUAAUGAAUAAAAGGUCUUAUUAAUUAUUGACAAGCAAAUUUUAGAACCUAUUCUUAAAUUUGUAGAAGACUUGAAAUAAAUCAGGUCAUAGAAAUCUGAUUUAGGGACACUAAAGCGAAGAGUAGUACCAUUUUUUAUGAAUUAAUUUUAUCAUUGGUCUGUGAAUAGAAAACUAACAUAAGUGGUCACUUACUUGAAAUACCUCAAAACAAAAAAAAAAUCUUAGCAAAAGAAAUUUGAACUAGGAGAUCUUAAAGAGCUUUUCAACAAUCAAGAAUUAUUAAUCCAUGAUUAGGAAUUAAUUAGGAAUCAUGCUCGAGAGUCGUGGAAAGAAUUUCUUAAGGAUUAUGCAGCCUAAUCUGUAUUAGGAAAUCAAAAGAUAACUUGCCUUGAAACUAAAUAAAACUAUCUUAAAUACAUUCCUAUCUUGAUUGAAGAAUUGGAUUAAAUGUUCCCCUAUAAUAAAAUGCUGUCAAAGUUCAAAUUGCCUUCUAUUAACCCUGAAAUGAUAAAUACUGACAACAUGUUUUAACUGGAUAGUGAUCUUUAACAUUCGACUAUUGAAGAAAUCAUUUGA